AUGACGAAAGAUACCAAGAUGCGGCUGAAGAAAGCCCCUCCGAGGACCAAAGGCAAGCAGAAAACACUGCGCGAAAGAAGGGACGUUGACAUUAUGAAUACAAAUGACAGCAGCAUUGUAUCCAAAAGGAGUGUGUCCAAGUUAUAUCUGAGCCAUGAGCCAGACUUCUAUGAGCCGUUUGUACCAAAGUUCCUUCGACGCAACCCGUUAAUCAAUCGUGGAUAUUGGCUACGGAUGCACGCUAUUGAACAAGCUGUCCGUCUGUUUCUGGAAGAAGAGAAUGGAAAGCCAAAGAUUGUCGUGAACUUGGGAUGUGGAUAUGAUCCCUUACCGUUUCAGUUCUGGCACAGAUAUGCGGCUCUUACGCAAUCAUCCACAUUCGUAGACGUCGACUACCCACAACUGAUGGAACGGAAACGAGAUACUAUGCUCAGCAACGGUCUUCUUCGAGACGCCCUACUCAAGACCAAACUCCGCCAGUCCGAACAGCCUGUAUAUCUUCGUAGUGACAAGUACAUGGCUUUGGGCUGUGAUCUCAAAGACCUUGCAACACUUGAACGUCUUCUACGGGCCGAAUUCGAUGUCCCGUCAUCCUCAAUUAUGUUCGUCGCCGAGGUGUCGGUGACCUACAUGCCGCUAAAGGACUCUGAUGCACUCAUACAGUGGGCUAGUACCAUUGAAGACGCUCGCUUCUGCAUACUAGAACAGUACCUUCCCCAGGGCUCAGCGCAUCCCUUUGCCAAGACCAUGCUGUCUCACUUCGACAAGCUGCAAGCCUCAAUCAACGCGGUUAAGUUGCAUUCAUCAUUAACUCAGCAAGCCGCUCGUUUCCGUAAUGCAGGGUGGUCUACUCUAAUCAUGGCCCGCAAUCUGUGGGACCUUUGGUCCGAUGAUGCCUUUACCUCUCCCAUGCUCAGACGCGGGCUGGAUGCUAUAGAGCCGUUUGACGAGUGGGAGGAAUUUGCGCUAUUUGGCGGUCAUUAUUUCCUACUCGUCGCCUCAAACGCGGAGCAACGGGGAACGCCCGAGUCAAUCCACAGUGAGGCAGCAGCCCCCAGAGAGUGCAGCAAGGUUACCGAUGCGGAGACUAUUACCCUUCAAACCUCAGAACCAUCGACUGGUGGUGCUGUGACGCCACGACGUUUCACAGCAGCUUUCACUUACGACAAGGACUUAGUGGCCUUCCACGGAGGUCAAGGGACGCAAGCCCGUCUCGCCGAUAUGGAUGUCCUGAGGCGGGAAGACCACAACGAGGAUCAUAUCAUCAAGUCUUGUGACUUUCUGCCUACUGCACGUAUGUGCCAUACCAUCACGUCAAUGCAUAACGGUAAAGCGUUGCUGGUCGGAGGGCGUGGAUCGCCUACCCAGGCUUGUGCAGAUUGCUGGCUUUUCAGUCAUGGAGCUUGGACCAAAGUGGAUGACCUCGUGCCAGCGCGAUACCGCCAUUCUGCUGUAGCUGUUGCAUUAGGAAGUGGGGAGUCACAGACCCCCGGUGUCCUCAUCUUUGGUGGGAGAGCCAGUGACGGCACAGUACUCCAUGCCGAACACUACUGCGCCUUAUGGACUGCCAACGAUGGAUGGCACAGCAUUCCCGUUGACGGACCGCGCCCGUCUGCACGCUUCGGCGCCGCGAUGUCCACGAUCGAUUCUGCUCAAAAUUGGGGGUUGCUGACAGGAGGUUCAAACGAGAGCGGCGUGGUUCUGGAAGACGCGGUGUGGGAGUGGUCCAUUUCCGCCACACCAACAACUCGACUCAACUUUAAGGACCGAACCAAUGACGUUCGAAGCAGUCCAGAAAACUCUGCAUGCGCGCGUAUAGGUGCCAACCUGGUCCCUUGGAACGGUUCUCUGCUGUUGAUUGGAGGUGUUUCAAAGAAGCAUAUCCACUCUCUAUCAGACGACUUUCUACUCUUGAAAUGCAAGGAAACGACAAUCGAGGUGGAGCACCUCCGCAUGCAGGUCUUGCCACCAACUGCAUGGCCUUUGCUAGUGGGUGUAGGGGCCGUUUCAACGUCUCGUGGCGAGAUUGUGCUUGCAGGAGGAGGGGCGGUAUGCUUCUCAAUGGGAAGCUACUGGAAUGAAGAACCGAUCACCAUCCUUCCUGGCAUUGCGCAAGGGGCCAAGCCGUGGCGUCGCGUUGUGCCGAGUCAGAUCAGCGGCACAGAAGGCACAGCAGGCACAGAAGGCACAGCACAAGCGAGGACUGCUGAAACGACAUCCAAAGGUCGGCGAGGAGAAGUCAAUGCAAAGAAGAGACCUGCUACUGCUGCACGUACUACCGAGAUCGCAAGGGUACAGAUCCAGUCGUCAGAUGACUUUGCCAAGCUGACGGCCUCGUUGAAACCGGCCAUCAUCGAAGGCCUCGAUAUCGGUCCGUGCACAGACCUAUGGACACUUGACUACCUAAAAGAGAAGCUCGGACCAGAGAGGGAACUUGUCAUUCAUGAAUGCUCAUCGGAUCGUAUGACGUUCAAGGACAAGAAUUUCGCAUACGUCAAGAAGUCAGUAGCAGACUUCCUGGGCGGAAUAGCUCAAGGUUCUCAUGCCUAUCUUCGUGCUGUAUCGUCAAGUCAGCCAAACAAGCUACCCACCAAACUUGAAGACGAUUUUCCAGCAAUCUCCAACGACUUCCACGUACCACAGGUAUGCAACAUAGUCAAGGAAAACUACCACAGCUCUCCCCUCCGGAUCUCCGGACCUGUGACCUUGUGGCUACACUAUGAUGUCCUCUCCAACAUCCUCUGCCAGGUUCGCGGCUCAAAGACCCUAUUCCUCUACCCACCUACCGAUGUCUCCCUGCUGGACUUUCCACCCGGAGGCUCGUCCUCUAAUAUCGAUGUCCUGACCUCCAAGAACCCCAAACUUAGGCGCACUCAUCCUCAUAUUGCUUUACUUAAACCUGGUGAUGUGCUAUACAUACCGCCCAUGUGGAGUCAUACAGCUACGCCGGAAGAUGGUGUCAGCGUGGCAGUCAAUGUGUUUUGGAAGGGACUGGAGAGGGGGUAUGCAGCCGGUAAGGAUGUAUACGGGAAUAGAGACCUGCAAGCAUACGAGAAUGGUAGGAGAGAUGUGGAGAAGAUUGUCAAAGCUUUCAAAGAUCUACCAGUCGAUGUAUCAAAGUUUUACUUGGAGAGACUGGCGGGCGAGAUUCUGGAAAGGUCGGAGAAGCUAGAAGAGAAGAAGAAGGAUAGUGGUAAGGAGGACGAGCAAUGA